CAAGGCAUGUCUUGAGUCAAGUAUAAAGGGAAUAACAUGGUGUCCCAGUGGCUGUUUAUGUUUACUUAAAGAACAGAUUUGAAAGGGCGUUUUACAAGACACUACGGGAUUUCAUUUUGUAGUUCCACAGUUGUUGUUUUUUUGGUGCACUUUAACUUUUUUUAUGUUAAGAUUUACAAGACCUAGCUAGUGGCAUGUAAAUCUCAUACUUCACUAAUGUGCCAGUCUUACAAAUGGAAAGGGGGCUUCACUUUGGAAACGUGAGCAUUUCCCUGGUGCUCCUGCUGUUGCUGAAAGCGCUCACUGGAUUCGGAACCACGCACGCUCACCAAGGCUCAGCCAUCGGGGGUUCAGGGUCGACCUCGGAGGGGGAAGAUGGUGCAAGACGAAGAGUCAUGGAGUGCGGCUUGGGGAACGUCGUCUCCUCUCCGGUCAUUGUAGCAGACGUUACCGUGGAGGAUGACGAGACCGGGUCGGAGGCGGAGGCCGACGAGUCAUUCGGAGAAAGUAAUGGAAACGUCCAACCGACAGGGUCUCUUGUGAUCAUCAGUACCCUGGACGGGCGGAUCUCUGCUCUGGACCCUCACAACCAGGGCAGGAAGCAGUGGGACCUAGAUGUCGCCUCGGGGUGCCUGGUGUCGUCCAGCCUCAGCAAACCUGAGGUAGACCAACCUUUGCAUUAUGUUAACGAAUGUUAAAGCAAUACAGAUCUUGAUUUAUUUGCCCUUUUUGUCCACAUAACAAAUAGACGUUCAUUCUUAUCCAUAGUCAGUGUGUUGUAUGCAGCAAUACCCCAUCAGGAGCAGAAGUUUAAGUGCACGCUGUAUUUAUAUUAUAUUUAGAAUAUCUUUGCUGAUUAACCUUGAGACAGCUGAAGCUGUUAUCUGUGCUCUUGCCAAAGCCACCAGAAUCUAAUGUUACUUGGCAGAACACGUGGGUUGCUGGUGCGACUACUGUCUCCACUAGUAAGUAUAAGACAAACAAACUAACCGAUGGAGGCAGCGGUGGACCAGCAGCCCUCUGUGUUCUGCGAGGUAAAGCUGCUGUUGUUUCUAAUGGAGUCUGGUGGCUCCUGUCUGUUUCUACAUACUGGGAGAAGUACCUCAUACAACCAAACUAUCCCUUUAGACAGGUUAAACAGAGGCUGUGCAGCUGAUUAAGACACGCCGCGAGAUGAAACAGACAAUUUCCACAGUCUGGACAUAUCAGUGCAAGGUUAAGUCUCAUGCCACACACACGCUCCCUCCUGGCUGUCUUUCUGUAGACAGUAAGACCAACAAGUGAACUCGGCGCACUUUGAACAGUCAACCAAGGGUUGCUGCUGCUUACAAUUAUCUCAUGUACACACACACACACACACACAAAAUACACAGCAGACAUACUGUACACCCCCACACACAUCUGAGAAGUAGUUUGCCUGGAGGAUUAGCCCCUUUGUUGACUGUGGUGGUUUACACAUACAAGCACAGCAAGACCCUCGUCGGUCCAUGUACACAGAAGCUUAAACCGCCCACACCGACAGGCUGAAAGUGAAGUGUAGCCCAGAGCGCUGCUCUCCCAGAUGCACACUAGACACGUGCUCGUGGUUCACUUUGAUGUGGACUCGCUCUGUGUGAGAGUUUCGCCUCGGGGAAGAAGCCUCGGAUACUAACAAGGGUCUGGGUGGCGGCUGAGCUCAGUGUAAUGUUGGUCCGCUGGUGCUGGUGAGGCCUGUUUGAGUGUAAUGAACUCUGUGGCUCUGGCAUAUAAAGAGGUUUCUGCAUUAUUAGUCUGGGAUAACAACAACAAAGCAAUCCAGAACCCGUUCAUGACGUUUAACACCUUUUGACACGUGGGCUGUGUUUGAUUGUUUGGAAUCAGUCCUUUGUGGUUAACACGGAAUAACCAGCUCAGCUCUGGGAAGUACAAAUGAAUGAUCGCUCUGCUCAAAAGAAAAGUGUUAAACAUGUGUAUAAAAUAUCUACAACAAUCCAAAUACAGCAGCUUCAGGUUUACUCACCGUAGAAUAAAUGAGUAAUUAAUCAUUCUUACAUUCAGAGCUUCUUCUGAGGUUUUUAAAUGAAGCUUUGAAUCUCUGUCGUCGUAUUUUACGACGUCAUCUCCCUGAAAAACAAAUAGUUGAUCUAUAAAUAGAUCCCAGGGUGACUGGUUGUGCUUCAGGGAACAGUCAAUGGGGACUCUAUAAUAAAUUAUACAUGUAAUGUAUCGCCAUACACCAUGCUGCACCGCCUCGUUCAUACAGGCGUGAGCCUCCAGCAGGAUGUCCCGUCAGAUAAAACAUGUUGUGAACUGUGGAAAUAAUUACAUCGACCUUAUUUUAAAUACAUUUUUGCUUUUGGACUUUACAACAGUUUUAUUAUUGUUGGAAACAUAAUAUAGUGGAGCCUAGGGUUGGGCGGUAUA